CCGCCGCGGAGGGCGCUGGGGGCCGGCGGCGGCGUUGCGGGAGGCGGCAACGGGACGGCGACGCGGGGUUGGCGCGCCCGGGGGGCCGGCCUCUGCACCUGAGGGGAAAUGAACGCGGCCGAGAAGGCCCGGGUGGGGCGGGCGGCCGACGGGCCUGCGCCGCCCGAGGAGGAGGAGGGCGAGGCGGGCGGGAAGGAGCCGGCGGCGGACGCGGCCCCCGGGCCCAGCGCCGCGUUCCGCCUCCUGGUGACCCGGCGGGAGCCGGCCGUGAAGCUGCAGUAUGCAGUGAGCGGCCUGGAGCCGUUGGCCUGGUCUGAGGACCACCGCGUGUCCGUGUCCACGGCCCGCAGCAUCGCUGUGCUGGAGCUCAUCUGCGACGUGCACAACCCGGGCCAGGACCUGGUCAUCCACCGCACGUCGGUGCCCGCCCCUCUCAACAGCUGCCUCCUCAAAGUUGGCUCAAAAACAGAAGUUGCUGAGUGUAAGGAGAAAUUUGCCACCUCUAAAGACCCCACGGUCAGUCAGACUUUCAUGUUGGAUAGAGUGUUCAACCCUGAGGGGAAGGCUUUGCCACCACUGAGAGGAUUCAAAUACACUAGCUGGUCGCCCAUGGGUUGUGAUGCUAAUGGCAGGUGCCUUUUGGCAGCGCUGACCAUGGACAAUCGCCUCACCGUCCAGGCUAACCUCAACAGACUGCAGUGGGUCCAGCUGGUCGAUCUGACUGAGAUUUACGGGGAACGUCUUUAUGAGACCAGUUACAGGCUCUCUAAAAGUGAGGCCCCAGAAGGAAAUCUUGGGGAUUUUGCUGAGUUUCAGAGGAGACACAGCAUGCAGACUCCAGUCAGGAUGGAAUGGUCAGGCAUCUGUACUACUCAGCAGGUCAAGCAUAACAAUGAGUGCCGUGAUGUGGGCAGUGUGCUCCUGGCAGUCCUCUUUGAAAACGGUAACAUUGCUGUGUGGCAGUUUCAACUACCAUUUGUAGGAAAGGAAUCCAUCUCUUCGUGCAACACAAUUGAGUCAGGAAUCAACUCUCCUAGUGUUUUAUUUUGGUGGGAAUAUGAGCACAAUAAUCGGAAAAUGAGCGGCCUUAUUGUGGGGAGUGCUUUUGGACCUGUAAAAAUUCUUCCUGUCAAUCUCAAAGCAGUUAAAGGCUAUUUCACUUUAAGGCAACCUGUUGUCUUAUGGAAAGAAAUGGACCAGUUGCCAGUGCACAGUAUCAAAUGUGUACCUCUUUAUCACCCUUACCAGAAGUGUAGUUGUAGCUUAGUGGUGGCUGCAAGAGGAUCCUAUGUGUUUUGGUGUCUUCUUCUGAUCUCCAAAGCGGGUCUGAAUGUUCACAAUUCCCACGUCACAGGCCUUCACUCCCUGCCGAUCGUCUCCAUGACUGCAGAUAAGCAGAACGGAACGGUAUAUACUUGUUCCAGUGAUGGGAAAGUGAGGCAGCUGAUUCCCAUUUUCACAGAUGUUGCAUUAAAGUUUGAACACCAGUUGAUUAAACUGUCAGAUGUGUUUGGCUCGGUGAGGACACACGGGAUAGCAGUGAGCCCCUGUGGUGCAUAUCUGGCUGUCAUUACAACUGAGGGCAUGGUCAAUGGCCUCCAUCCCGUGAACAAAAACUACCAGGUCCAGUUUGUUACUCUCAAAACCUUUGAAGAGGCAGCUGCUCAGCUCCUGGAAUCUUCUGUUCAAAAUCUCUUUAAGCAGGUAGAUUUAAUAGACCUAAUACGCUGGAAGAUUUUAAAAGAUAAACAUAUCCCUCAAUUUUUACAAGAAGCUUUGGAAAAAAAGAUUGAAAGCGGUGGGGCCACUUAUUUUUGGCGUUUUAAACUUUUCCUUCUGAGGAUUUUGUAUCAGUCAAUGCAGAAAACCCCUUCAGAAGCCCUAUGUAAACCCACCCAUGAGGACUCAAAAAUCUUACUGGUUGACUCACCAGGGAUGGGCAAUACUGAGGAUGAACAGCAAGAAGAAGGCACUUCUUCCAAACAGGUGAAUAAACAAGGCCUUCAGGAGAGGAGCAAAGAAGGUGAUCCAGAGGACCCCACAGAUGACUCACUCACCCAGUCCGGAGAUGUUGGAGGCCGUGAGCCGAUGGAAGAGAAACUCCUUGAAAUCCAAGGGAAAAUUGAGGCCGUGGAAAUGCACUUGACCAGAGAGCACAUGAAGCGAGUCUUAGGAGAAGUGUACCUGCACACCUGGAUCACAGAAAACACUAGCAUCCCCACCAGGGGACUCUGUAACUUUUUAAUGUCUGAUGAAGAGUAUGAUGACAGAACAGCACGGGUGCUGAUCGGACACAUCUCCAAGAAGAUGAACAAACAGACUUUUCCUGAGCACUGUAGUUUGUGUAAAGAGAUCUUGCCGUUCACAGAUCGCAAACAGGCAGUCUGUUCCAAUGGCCACAUUUGGCUCCGGUGCUUUUUAACCUACCAGUCCUGCCAGAGUCUGAUAUACAGAAGGUGUUUGCUCCAUGACAGCAUUGCCCGCCAUCCAGUUCCAGAAGAUCCUGACUGGAUUAAGAGGUUACUGCAAAGCCCCUGCCCUUUCUGCGAUUCUCCUGUCUUCUAAACAUCAGUGGGGGGAAGAUGGGAAGGGCACAUCUCGGCUGUAGAAAACGCCCUCCAGCCUGAAGAGCUGGGAUGCGCUGGAGUGAGCCUGGCCUUCACACAUCAAGAGGCGCUCCUCCUGACUGUAAAUAGAGCCCUGGGAGUGCAUUCUGAAGUGCGUUCUCUCUCUCCAGGAUAUCUUUAAAAUGACUGAAGGCAGAGAUUUUAAGUCAUUUUGAGAUGAACAUUAGCCCCCACUCCUUACUCAAUGAGGAACACUUAUUUUUCAAGUGUCAACUGAAGCAGUUUGAACAAAAAGAACGCUCUAUCAUUUCUAGGGACAGAGUGCUCUCUUCCAGAGCUGGGAUAAGGACCGUGCCGGGCUGAGUUAGGCUUUAAUCCUGGCCUUGGCCUGGAACUGCUUUGUGGCUCCAGAGAGCUUAUUAAUUCCCUGGUACGAGGUUGUCAGUGUACCAGCAGAUAUUAGAAGUGUCUAAACACGUGGGCCUGAUAUUUUGUUCUUAGCAAAUAGCUGCAGAUCUGUGUCCCACCGAUUCUUCUUUUUCAUGCGUAUUGAAAACAUUUUUCUAAAACUCUAUAUUUUGAGAGGUUGAAACCAAGACUAAAGUUGGUCUUAAUGUGUGAAAAGAUCAGGUGACUCCUGUAAGUUAAUAAUUGUGACUUGUUUUCCAUGAUCUCCUGUGUCGUCGGAUUUCCUGCCUCAACUCCUUGAUAUACAUAAGGAUGUCCAGUAUUCCACUCACCUCUGUCACAUCCCUGCUUCGGACUGGACUCUGAUAACCGAGACGAGAUAUUUGUACAUAGAAGAAAAAGAAUAUUUUCUCCUUUUAGUAUUAAAUUAAAACUUUUACUAUUUUUAAUGUUGACAUUUCCAGACAUUUCAUUUCUAUCUGGUAUAGGAUUGUGCACAGCGUCUGUGUAGAGACUUCCAGAAAGAGACGGGCAGCUCAGAAGUGCAGACACUGGCACUCUGGUGCUAUAAGUGAGUUCAGCUCAGUUGACCGGAGCCUGGGAGUGUCUCCUCCCUGCAAAGGUCCUUGAUAUUUAUGAUCCAGGUAUUUCUCUGUGGGCUCCUAAGAGGAGGUGUUAAAUGUCAAUUGGUCUUAAAACGUAAAAUAAAAAAUAGACAUUCUGGAAUUACAGUGUUCUUGGAUUUUUAAAAUAAGUGUCCUAGAGAUUGGUGCUAAUCAACAGGACUGUAAUGCACACAUCUUGAAGUGGUGCAUAUGUCUGGAAAGUUGGAUGGGAAAUACAAAAUGAGAAAUUCUAACUCAUACACUCUUUUGCCUUUAUUCUAAUACAGUUUCCUGCUUUUAUUUUGUAUCCUUAGUGAAAGACAUUUUGUCCUCACUUAAGAAACACUUGAUAUUUGGAUAACACUAGCGGAAACACACCACGCACCAUACUUGUGUCCUGUCCCCCCGGUUCAGAUGUAGUGGAGACGAGCCCCUAGGAGGCACUUCGAGACAGCCUGCUUUGAGAUGUCUUUCGUUUCCUCGUCAGAUUCUUUUUGCUUUGUCUUCUGGGUUUAAUUAUGUAUUUGCCGGAAUCUUCUGAUUAUCUUUCUCAUUUUGGUGGUAAUUUCAAGAAUAGUGUUUAUCCAGAUUUUAGGGUCCAGCGUGUUAAAUUGAUUUUCAAGAAGGAACCAGGUAGCAGUAAAAUCAUGGCCACUGCAGCUCAGAGGCAGUUGUACCUGUGGCUGCUUCACUUUGCAGUAAAUAUGACAGUAAAGUUUGGAAUCAUGGCAAGGAAUUACUGCAGUUUUAAUAAUCAUGGCAUGCUUAGUCUCACUUAUUUUUUUGUUCCUAAUCAGAGUCAGUAGUUGAUUUGUUCUGUUGGAAAAUUUUGUGCUGCUGCCAUUUAAAACUUAGAUUAAGUUUUUGUUUAAAGCAGCUGUGCAUUUUUUGAAACAUUUAACUCUUAGGAGUUAACUACAAGUUGCUCCUGAAUCAUUUUGAGUGUCUGUAUAGGAAUAGACAUGGCAGCUGUUUUACUAGAACGUGGCUUCUCUCCGCAGGGGCCUGGGCCCAGUGGCAUUCUUAAGACUCUGAAACCCAACCAACACCUGCGUCAGCCAGGCUUCUGCACACGCAGCGGGGUCUCCCCUUCUCCUGGCCCCCCAGCCGCAGGGGCUGAUCCAGUGACCUGUGAGGAGAGGAGAUUUGAGCUGAGGGCAGCGCCCCAGUGCACGUCUGCGUUCACUGAGGUUCAGCGUACCUGAGGGUAGGGUGGUCACUGAGACCUAGGAAAAGUGAGAGGGACACAGGCGUCUUUAGAUUAUUAAAUGCCUCUCCUGUUCUAAACUAGUCAUACUCUCUAUACCUUCCUAAAAUUUGCCUGAUGUGUUUAGUGGCUUUCAAGUUUAUUCAGCUGUCCCUGUAAUAACUGUUUCAGGAAUGGAAGGAGUGGCAGGAGUGACGUUGCUGCACUGUGUUGAAGAGCAGGAGCGGAGCUCCAGACAAUUAGACCUUUUCAGCUACAACCCUGCUGCAUUUUGGGAGUCUGAUAUCCACACCUGUAUCACGUUUUCUCUGCCUGGGGUUAAUUUGUUCCUAUUAUUCCAGAUAAGAAAUUGAUAGCUUGUUAUGCUUCAUAUUUAUUCUGAAAUCCUCAUGUGUCCACCACCCAGACUUCAGGCAAUCUCUACCUACUGUUGUAUCUGCCAAAACUACCAAUUAUUUUUCAGUGUCAGAAGUUGUCAGAGCCACUGGUGAAGCUCCCGGUUGAGGUGACAUUUUUCUGCUGCUUCCUCUACAAAGUAUUUGAGCAUGUUAACGUGGAAGCGUGUGGUUGGGCCUAUUAGUAAGUUUCACAGGUUAAUUAGGUUAAAAGAAUGUUAAAAGGACGAUAAUUAAAUAUUAAAGUAUAUUCUGUGGUGAUUAUAACAGCAUCAGAUAAGACGCAGAAGAAACUGCUGCCUGUGGGUGCUUGGGAGGAGGAAGACAGUGCUGGCCUGGGGAGCGCCUGCCCCUGCGGCCUUGGCGCUGCUCUGAGUAGGUGAAGUGCUGCCGUCCCGGAGUGAAGCCAGGAGUUAGCACCCCUCGUUGGUUUCUGCAGGACCUGUCCGUGCCUUCUGCUCCUGACCUCUCUCUCGCUUUUCCUUACCAAGGGGGUCCUCUUGAGUACCAUUCCUUUAGUUCUCUCAGCUUUAGAACACAUUCACAGCGAACAGAUUCCAUGUUUGAAAGAAAAAUAGAUUAGUGAUAAAAUUUCUAAAAGCUAAAUCACAUAGUGGGUCUCCCUUCCUAGAGGAAACUAUUAAACAGUAAUUUUUCUCUCUAAAGGUAAUAGUGUCAGUUAACUUGGUAAACCGUAUCCGGGUUUCUUCAGAACUCUUAGUCGUAAUCUCCCCAGCAGAGCGCUCGGCAGCUCUCAGCUGGUCUUGGGCUGCGCUGCGCCCGAAUGUGUCAGCUCCUUCCCGCCACCCGUCCCUCUCCCCGAGCCAGUGUGAUUGGUGACCAGCAGAACUUGUGGCGUAAGCUAAGCUGCCUGCGCUGUGUUCAGAGUCAGCAGGCUUAAACUUUUUACGGGAAAGGUGUAUUCUGCCCUUUUUCUUUUUAGAGCUUGGGCAGCACAAACAGCAAGUAGCCAGACGAAUAAACAAAUCUCUUUACAGUUAGCCCGCCGUGGACUGUUCUGAGUCCCUGCGCGGCGUCCCUAAAUCGUGACGGUGCCUUGGUGCUCUCAGCCUGCUCUCUGUGUGGGUGGAGGCGAGCGCCUCAGGAGCCCACCCUUCCCCUCGAGACUGUCGGAUCUUAAAAUGCCUCUAAAGAAUUGAACUGAAGUGAGUUGUUUUCAUUUCAGUUAUUAGUGGAAGUAGCGAUUAGCAGCUUCAAGCAGAGUUUUAGACUGUAUCUCAAGUCUCAUAGUUAUUAAACUUUGAACUGCUCUUUCGUGAAGCCAGAAGGUUUUUGUAGUUAAGAUCUUCACAUCUAACAUGAUAUCUGCUAUUCAGACUGAUUAUACAGCAUGUGAAAUUGGACUGUCUUUAAAUUGAAUUAAGUCAAAUUUGCAGAAUAUAGAGUUGCUUCUGAUUAUCUCAAGUACUCAGCUUUGCUAUCCUGAUGGAACAGCGGGGUUUUUCAAAAGAUUGUGAACUCAUUUCCAUGGCGCAGAUAUGAAUCAGUAGCAGGACCUGUUAGCCCGGCUGAGCCUGGUAGAUAAGACGCAGCCUCCCAUCUGCACACAGACAGGGCUGUUUCUGAAAACUGGCUGUGGAAAUCCAUACAUUUAAUAGAGAAAUGACUGUUUAUUAGGAUGUCCUCUAAAAAAGUUAAUCCUUUUGGUAUAUGAGCAUUUCUCCCCCAACCUCUUUAUCCAAUUAGGUGAGGCAGCUUUUCUUAUCUUGCAUUAUCUUUGAGUUGUAACUGAACUCCAGCAGGACACUUCAUGUCCAAUCUGAGGUCCCAGUCAGUGAGUUUCUUUGCAGCAGUAUGUGUGGAUUACCAGCACGGUGUUCGUUCAUUCAUUCCAGGCUGGGAAGGAGCUGAAAAAAGGGACAGAUGAUACUCUUGUCCUGAUACCCUAAGGUAAAGGCAGGGGCCAUCUGGUUGAAAUAUUGUAAAUAGGUUGGAGGAAUUACAUUUCAGAACUCUAAAUCUUGUGUUUAUUUCUAAGGUAAAAAUUUGCUUACCUCACCCUGAAAUCCUGUUACUUUCAUAAAAGUCCUGUAAAGUGGUCAUACUGACAGUGUAAAGAGGUGGUGACAGCUUUGAGGCGUUUCAUAUGCUAUCGCUUUUACAUUUAGCUGACAGACUGGGAAGCUUUAGGGUAUUUUUUUUUUGGUAUUAAUGCAAAAAUGAAUUAUGUCUUUUUCAAGACUUUGACUCAGAUUUGUACUUUGCUGAAUGAAAGGAAAGUGAAUAUCAAACUUGUUUAUACAGAAAUAAGACUAAAGAAAAGUAAGUCUGUGUUGUGUGUAGUGAUCUAUGCUUUCUGUUUACCCAAUGCCUGUGCUAGUCUUUGUGCUCAGCUUUGAAUUGUAUGUAUGUUUACAUAUGACAUUUUUUGAAAUAAAAAGAACAGGCAUCUAAAAACUUAAGGUUAUAAAAAGGAGAUGGUUUUUUAAUUCUUAGCAUUUGAUUAGGUAGUGUGUUAUAGAUUUUUAGUGUUUAAAUUUAAAAACUUUAAGAAUAAUAACACAUUUUGCUUGGAAUCCCCCCCAUCCAGAAAGAUUGGCACUUCUCUCCAUUGUACAUAUGCCACGGUGUCCAUGACUAGAUUGUAAGCUCCUCGAGGCAGGCACUGAUGGAAAGUGCCUUUCAGACAGUUGGUGCUCACGACAUGUGUAACGAGUGAGUAACUUCCUGCCUCCUUCAAGACGAAGCAUGGUCCACUUUCUCCAGUGCGCUCAAAACUGCAAAGAACUAAUGACCAGAAGAGGGCCCGAUUCUUUCUUGGGUUUGAACUGAGUUUCUUGGGUUAAACCAGACCAUGCCGUAUCCUUAGCACUGUUUAGCCUUCUCUUCCCGAAGAUAAUACACCAGUAUCCUGAGCUGUUAUCUAAUAUUAGGGCAGAGGUUUCUGGGAAAAGUUUGAAGUGGGGAAGAUUAUAGAGAAAAUGAAAUGUGAAUUUUGGAGGGUGUCUGUCUGUAUACAGCCCUGUGGGGCAAUCUUAUUUUAGUUAUUACUAAAGAAAGGGGUGACAGAUCCUCUGCUUCUUUACCAGUUAGCUGGUUGGCCACUUAUCCAGUUCAUGAAAGACUGUUGGGUUUUAGCCUUUUCCCGUUUUGGAUUCCUCUCAAUUGUUCGUAUUAUUCUAGUCCUUAGACUCUAAUGAAGUUGCUGUGAAUACCCAGUGCUGUAUAUACUGCCAGUUUUCUAAAUGUGAAAUAACCUCCAACAUGUUGUGUUUUGUAUGCAGAGCCACUAGUAUUGUUAUCUUGGCCACUUUUUUAUUCGAAAUAAAUAAAUAAUAGAAUUAUUUGUA